UUCCGCUGCCGGUAGAGUGAACGUUAGCUGCCAAGAAGAAGAAGAAGAGAAAAAGCAGAAGUGGCAAUAACGUCGAAACAAUUACUGAUAGGCUUUUUUUAUGAUACAGGGUUACAGCCGAGAAAACUAAACAAUCGUGUCCAAGAGCUGUGAAAGUCAAUCCACUCAAGACCGACAAUGGCUGUGAACGUGUACUCGACCUCAGUGACCAGCGACAACUUAAGUCGUCAUGACAUGUUGGUCUGGAUCAAUGAAUCUCUACAGAUGAACCUCACCAAGAUAGAAAUGUUGUGUACAGGUGCUGCCUACUGCCAGUUCAUGGACAUGUUGUUUCCCAACUCUGUGCCUCUGAAGAAAGUAAAAUUCGGUGCCAAGUUGGAGCACGAAUACAUCCAUAACUUCAAGCUUCUGCAGGUUUCCUUCAAAAAGAUGGGAGUCGACAAAAUCAUUCCAGUAGACAAACUGGUGAAGGGGAAGUUCCAGGACAACUUUGAGUUUGUCCAGUGGUUUAAGAAGUUCUUUGAUGCCAACUACGAUGGGAAGGAGUACGACCCAGUGGAGGCGAGGCAGGGCCAGGACGCCAUGCCCACACCAAACGUUGCCACGUCAGCUCUCAACAAGCCACCUAAAAAGGCCAUCAGUCAAAGUCCGAGCUCUGCUCCCCAGAGGCCACCCGUUGCCAAGGUAGCGCCCAAGUUGGCUAACGUCAGUGCGAGGAAACCUGUGAUGGGAGGAGGCGAUGAGGAGAGGGCGGAGCUCAUGAAUGAGGUUGAGAUCCUGAAAUCUACCAUUCAGGACAUGGAGAAGGAGAGAGACUUUUAUUUCGGUAAGCUGCGGAACAUUGAACUGAUUUGCCAGGAGAAGGAAGGAGAGGGCGACCCCACACUGCAGAGGAUCAUAGACAUCCUCUACGCCACAGACACAACAAACCAGCAAGGCUCAACCGACAUUGACUAAUUUGGGGUUUUCUGGCUCCAAAGAGAUGACGAGCUUGAUGAUGGAGGGUUUCGUGAUACCAGAUGCUGAGGAGCAGGAGGAGUUUUAAUAUUCAAGACUGCAAGCAACUUUUCUCUUUAGAUGCGCUGGUCUACAAACCCACCUCGAGAUCCUUCCUCAAGCCACGACAGCCAGUUUGGUUUUAUAUCCGACGCCAAACUGGAUCUCAACUUGUGGUCCCCUCACCUCACCCUCUCCCCUCAUGAUCCCCGAAUACCAACCUGCCGGACUUCUCUAGCCUUCAGCCGCCGAAACAUCUUUAAUCCACAAAGCCUCGGUCACCGCCUCUACUUCCUACACACCUGUCACUCUGCCCUCACCCUCACCUGUAACCCCACCCCUCCCCCAAAACCAGAUUGUGCAGUACACAUCUGGUUUUUGUAAUGGACUUCAGUGUGAAAAAACACUGUGAUGUUCUCUGUGAGCGUGUGCAUGUGCGUGCGUGUGUGUGUGAUUGUAUGUGUUUAAAAAAAUCAAUUUGAAACAAAUCAAACGUGAAGAACCUCCUCUGAAGACCCGGCUGUCAGUUCACUGAUCACUUUGUCCCACACUAACCCCGUCAAACACGGCCGCCAUUUUGUGCCUCUCCUGUUGACACUGAAUAAUUAACUAAUUUGCAUGAAGAUGAAUUGAGGCAAAGGAACAAAAGCACACACAUAACAGUUAGUUUAGCCUCAAUUUGAACCAAAUCCAAAGUGUAUUUUCGCCACUAUUGGCUGCAGCAGGCUUUCAGAAGCACUGCUGACCGUAUUUGCCAGUCGGAUGUAGCCGAUAUGUGUCUAAGCAAAGUGAAAUGAAGAGAAGGCAACCUGCACACGUUGACGCUGAAGGGCUCAGGGUUUUGUUUGGGACAAGACAACAGUCGGGUCUUCUCUUGGCCUUUUUUUCUCCAAUCUGUUACUAAUCGUCGCCUUCAUCCUGAUUUUGUCCUGUUCAGCUGUAGAAGAGCUUUUUGUAAAUGUAUGCUACUGUUUUAUCACAUUGCCCCCCCUCCCCCCCAACCACAACCACCACAUUGUAUUUCCUUUUUUUUGUUUGUCUUGUUUUACAUGUUUUGACACGUUUUUUUUGGGACGCCUGUCAGUCAUGCUCAACUACUACAUUUGUUUUCUUUUUAGGUUGAGUGUUUUUUUUUUCUCCUUUCUCACCCUCACUGAUCACUUUGUUGGAAAGCUUUCUGCUCGUGUGAAGAAACUUGUUUUCCCAGCUGCAACAACAGAGAAAGAGGGCUUUCGGAAAGCGGUUGCUGUUCUUGUAGCAGAUCAGUUGUCUAUUUUAUUUCCACCCACGUGCUCCCACUCGACCUUAGUGUCCACAUUUCAAGCCUCCUGAACGUCUUAAUCCCAGGAAAGUGGCUUUCUCAUUGAGUCUGUGUGUUGUUGUUUUUUUUAAAGCUUUCUCAGACGGCAGCCUUUUGAUCAACACGCGGAUGUUUAGUAAAAAGAUGAAAAAAAACAAGUCAAUCAGCAGUGAUUGUUCUGAGCGACUGUUUUAAGGCACAUGCACUGUUUUUAUACCAGUGGUCCUUACUCGGCCUCAAGCCAAUAUAAAAAUAGUUCCUGAAAGGCGACGGAAAAUUGAACACUGUGAGCUCUGACCGUGGCUGAAAACCACAUGUAGCUGACCACAGUCGAGACGACCGUCUGAUACCUGAGCUGAGCGGCUCGUCCGGUGGAUUCAUGAAUCUUCUCUGAUUUACAGAUAUUGGAUUUUGUUUUUCCCAAAGCUGUUAAAUGUGGGAUCAAUUAAUUAUAAACUUGCAGCACAGAAGGCUUAUUCCUUUUUGGGAAUGCAAGACAGGUGUCCCCCCCCCCCCCCACACCCUCCCUUUCCUCUCCAUUUUCUCCCCCCUUAUUGACCAAUUUUAAUACUAGUAUUGUUAAUUGUGGAUCUAAUUUGAGACCAGUUUUUCCACUGUACUUUGUAAAAAGAUAUUUGCACCUCAUUUGAAACAACACAGUGGUGUUGAUUCCACAUAAACUCUGUUAACGGCAACAUGUUGGAAUACAUAACUUUAUCAAUGGCCUUAUUCAGAAAUACAUUUUUUUCAUAACAUUUUUCAUAACUUUAUUUUACUUCAAUGUAAGUCUGCUGUUUUUUGGGGCAAAUGUUUGUACUGUUAGUCAUAUUUUUAUGUGUUCUGAAAAUAAACAACAUUGGAGGUAUUUUGGACGAAAGCUAAGAUGUGUCAGGGUGCAGCAGAACGCCUGUCUUCCAUCAAACACUCUCACACACAAUCUCAAUUUAUCUCCGGUGAAUAAUUUGUUUCUCGUGCCGCCUGUUCGAUGAAAAGGUGCAGGUUUGUCUCCACAGUGAUCUAAAUGUAGACUCACAGCUGCAGACUCACAAAGUGUACUCUGUAGAAUUAAUUUAAAAGAUGUUUUGGCUUUGGGCUGAUCAGCAGCUGAUCCAUCAGUGACUCGGACAUGCAGAUAUUUAGUGUUACAGCUACACAAAAAAAACCUCUCAAGCCUUUAACAAACACUGCCGCAAGUAUUUAGGUUGAAUGUUGCACAAAAUCAGACGGUGCCUGGGUAUUAGGUGUUUUGUAUUUCCUGAUAGUUGCCUUCAGUAAAGAAAUACAUUCAGAAUUUAUACCUUUUUUUUUUUUUUUUUUUUCACACUUUGAACCAAGGUGUUUCUUGCUUCUUAGUCACAGUCAACCUUGUAUUGUGGUGAUGUGCAAGUUCAGUAACUUAUGUUUUGCUGUUGUGUGCCUGUACUUUUCCAGCGAGCUUGAUAUUAAAUCUAACUGAGGUGACUGUUGUGACCGACUUUCAGCUUGAAUUUGAGCGUUUUCGCACUUGUUUUGGGUGAACGCUGCAGGACUCGUAGCUUAUUUUACUCAUAGUCCCCCAGUUUUGGGGAAAUGAUCAUACAUACAGACGAGUCAACCAAGUUGGUCACCUCUUCAGUCUUAAUCUGGCUGCAAUAAAAGCCUGAUCGAGCAUGAUCUGGAAGACAUUUGGCCAAAUAUUAAAACUUCAUUUAGGUUAACUGAUCCUACACUGUUUGGUUUCCAACAACCUGAGGUACUGUGUAUAAUAAGGGCUCCGUUUCCUGAUGUAACCCAAAAUUAAAGCUGAAAGUCAGAACUUUUAAACUUUUACCUGAAAGUUAUUCUUUAAUUUCAAAUCUAAUGUGCUGGAAUAUUAAGGCAACGUGACAAACUGAGAAGGUUUAGUGUUUCCCAAAAUACUGCUUACUGUCAGGAUCAUCUGUCAGAGAAAAGUGCUUAAACAAAGGCCUUUUAAUAAAUGGAGCUUCCCAACAGGCCUGCACCUAACGUCAUUAUCGAUUAAUCUGCGGAUUCUUUUCUAGAUUAAUUGUUUAAUCUAUAAAAAGACUUAUCACAGUUUCUCUAAUCCAAACCUAUAUUCAAAUGUUUAGUUUUUUCUUACAAAUGGUCCAAAACCCAAAUAUAUUUUAUUUAUAAUAAUAUAAAACCGCAUCGUCACAUUUUAAAAGCUAGAACCUUCAAAUGUUUGGCAUUUCUGUUAUUCAUAUUAUCAAAAUGAGUAGACUAACUGAUGCCCUGAUAGCUGAAACGCAACCAAAUAGUUGAAAGUUAAAUUGAUAUUUGUUAAAACAUUUCUCAUCUCCACACAAAACUGUUAAUACCGAGCUGUUAAGGACCAGACUUCUUGUUGCAAAAGGCUCAACUUUUCUUUACAAGAGAUCCUGGUGGUAAGACAGUUAAUUUUGGAGAAACCCAUUCAUGUUUGUUAAGUUUGUCAAUGCCAAGACGAAUCGUAGCAUCCUGAGGACAGACCCACACUGCAGGACUUUUGGGGGAACCACAGCGUAGAUACUUCCCUACUGUGAGCCUUCUCAAUGCAGGAACACCUGAACACUUGAAACUGUAGACAGAACAGCAACGAUUCGAGCAGUUCGUGAAGAAGUGCUUUGUGUUAUGCAAUGUUAAAGGGGGAGCAGAUGUCCCCCCUUUACAUAGUGGCCUCUGUACUGAACCCAGUGCCAAUGGAACCUCCUCCCUAAUGAUCUGUAACUGUUUUUUCUCGUUAUGUCUGGAGAGGUUUUGACAAUCGCCUGGUUUUCGCAGCUUCAAGACGUUUUCCUGAAAAGUCAUUGAAAGUAUUUUUAAGUUUUGUGUCGACUCCUGUCUGGUUUAACGAUGGUAGUAAAAUGUGCUAUUGUGAGAUUUUACUGAGAAGGAUCGUGUGAGGUGUUUAAAAAAAAUUUGCUGCAAGAGUUUUGGGACAUUUUCAGCGACACACAAACGCACACCUGAAAGAGUUAUGGCCACUCUGGGGAUCCAUAACUAUUAUCUCAAAACAAUCGUGACAGAUUAAAAUGGGGGGAUAAAAGCAACGACAUACGUGUAGAUGCUCAGUUUGGCUGCAGGUGUGAGUGUGUUUGCAGAAAAUGUCUGAGCAAAGUGCGAUGGCUAUAAAGGUAACGAUGAUGCUUCUUGUGACCUCUGACCUCUUCUCCCUCAACGAUCAGUGCCGAUAAGAUGCUGUGGGCCGAGUUUCUUCCCCUCUCUGUCUCCUGUUUCUGCUGGACUUUGAUGUGUUUCUUAUACUCUGGUAAACUCGAUUUUCUUCAAUCAAGUUUGGUACAGACAAUAAAACAGUAUUUCCACUGUC